GCUCCGCCCCGAACCGGUGACGUCAGACGGUGUAGCUCCAUGUGGCGGGGGUUGGUGAUAUCGCUCCUGCAGGUAGCCCGGUACACUGGAUCACAGUCAGCCCGAGCGGCCAGCUGCAGAACUGGAAGUGACGUCAUGGACCUGGGAAGUAUGCGGAAGCGUUACCGAAAUGAUGAUGAGGCUUUUGAAGAAAACCACUUAGCCUCUCUCGAUCCAAUUGCUCAGUUCAGCGCUUGGUUCCAGGAAGUCUUAGAAUGCCCAGCCAUUGUAGAACCAAAUGCCAUGUGUCUGGCCACCGCAAGCAGGGACGGGAAACCCUCUGCCCGUAUGGUUCUGUUGAAAGGGUUUGGCUCGGAUGGGUUCCGAUUCUACACUAACCGGGAGAGCAGAAAAGGGAAAGAGCUGGAGGACAAUCCAGUUGCUUCUCUUCUGUUUUUCUGGGAACCUUUCAAUCGUCAGGUUCGAAUAGAGGGGUCAGUAGAAAAGAUUUCAGACGAAGAAUCUGACAAGUACUUCCACUCUCGUCCUAAGGAUAGCCAGAUUGGUGCUGUUGUCAGCAAACAAAGUCAAGUUAUCCCAGACCGAGAGUACCUUCGUAAGAAGAAUGCUGAACUUCAGGAGGAGUACAAGGGCAAGGAGGUUCCCAGGCCAACAGAGUGGGGAGGAUACAUCAUCCAUCCUUCUGUCAUUGAAUUCUGGCAGGGACAGACCAAUCGUCUGCAUGAUCGCAUUGUAUUUCGACGGAAAGAAGGAGAGGAGACGAGCCCCUGGACACACCCCGCAGAGAGUGGAUGGGUGUAUGAGCGCCUUGCUCCAUAAUUGCUGGCACUCAUAAUGGAAUAUCACAGUUCUGUGAUCCUCGAGAAUCAAAACACAACUGCCUUCAUGUAUAAA